GUCCGCGCCACCAGCCACUCGGUCGGUAUCGACACGCCUGAGCCGCAUUCACAACUUCUAACACAUUGUAAACUUUUGACCCCUGCCGGGCCGCUGGCCCCAGGAGAUUCAACGCUCGAGUGGCUCUGAAAUCCUCGGGGCCACUCAUGCUGAGGCCUCGCCGCGCUACUGGCGCGCCCGCGAGCGCUCCCUGCGCUGCCCCGCCUGCAGCAGCAACAGUAGCAGCAGUAGCUGCAGGUGGUGGCGGCAGUAGCAGCGCCGCGGCUGGCAACGGCUCCGGCGAGGUGCCCGCGGCCGAGCCAGCAGAUGACGGCUUCGCGACUGGCGAGGCUGACUAUGAAGCUGCUACCGACUUGGACUUGGAUGUGGAUAUGGACGACAUCAAGCGCCGCGCCCGGAUGGGCGGCAGCAGCGGCGGCAGCAGCGGGGGCCGUGGCAGCGGGUGGCUGGCGCUGCUGCUGCGGCGGGCGCGGGGCGCGGCCUCGGGUGCGGAUGCGGAGGAGCGCGUGUUCCAGCGCUGGGUCAUCUUGCAGAGCGCCGGCAUCGACCUGCUGUCAUGGGUCCUGGCGCUGCUCAUGUGCGUGGUCACAUUGAACCGCGCCGCCGCCUUCGCCGCCGGCUGCCCCUCCGCCGCCGCCGCACACGCCCUAGCCGCCGCAAUUUCCUCCUCACCCACCGCUGCAGCUGCCACUGCUGCUACUACUGCUGCUGCGGGCUGGGGUGGUGCGGCGGCGGCGGCGGCGGAGUGUCCGGCGGGCUGCGGGCCGCGAUUCGCCGCUGACUCGGCAAUGGUGGCGGGGUUCCCGUGCGGUGCCUCGGACGUGCGGCAGUUCCUUUACACACUGAGGCACCUGCGCUCGGGCCUGCUGUACGCGGCGGUGCGCCACGACGUGUCGCUGCUGGCGUACGGCGCCGCACUGCUGGCGGCGGUGGCGGUGCUGCUGCUGCGCCCCGCGCUGUACGUGGCGCGCCGCCACCAGCUGGUCAUGUGCAUACGCGGCGCCAUGAUGGUCGGCAACGUGGCCGCCUGCCUGCUGGCGCCGCCGCCCUGCCUGCCAGCCACCACAGCGCUCUACUACAUACCCGCCUACGCCGCAGCCGCAGCCGCCGGCGCCGGCGCCGGCGCGCGGCGCGCCGCGGGAGGCGGAGCGGCCGGCGGCGGCGCAGCCGUCACCGCCGGCGGCGGCGGCGGCCCCGUGUCGCGACUGCUGUCGGCGCUGUCCGCGUCCCCCUCGUCCCCCGCCUCCUCUUGGUCUCUGCCGCUGAACUCGGGCUUUGUGUACAUGGCGGUGGUGGGCGUGGUGCUGGAGCGGCUGCCGCUGCGCCUGCAUCUCACCUUCGGCCUCCUGGAGUGGGCCCUGGCCGCCGCCACCGCACUGAUGGGCCAGCGCGCGCUCGCCGCACCGCCGACCGGCGGCGGCGGCAUCAGCAGGUUCAGCAGCCGUAUCAGCAGCAGCGGCAGCAGUAUCAUUAGCGGCACCAGUGGCGGCGGCACCAGUGGCGGCGGCACCAGUGGCGGCACCAGUGGCGGCGGCGGCUGGCUGCUGCUGCACCUGGCGGCCUACUGGGCGCUGCCGGGCUGGCUGGUGGGCGCCAUGGAGGCGGCCAGCAGGAGGGCGUUCAGGCAAGCCCUGACCCGCGCCCAAGCAUUUGCGGCUCCCACCACUGGCCGCCGCGGCGCCAGCAGCCCCGCCAGCCGCAGCAGCAGUGGCGCCUCACCCCUACUUGGGACGUCGCCGGCGCGCCGGUGCACCCCGCGGGACAUUGCGGUCGGCAGCAACAGCGGCAGCGGCAGUAGCGGCAAUGCGCCUACGGCCGUGGGUGGCAAAAGCAGCUGCAGUCUGAAAGGCAGUGGCAACAGCAGCGGCAGUAGCAGUAGCUACAGCUCGGCGGCCAAGCAGCAGCAGCCCGGGCACCUGCGGCUUCAGCCGCUGCAACCCCCGCCUGUGGCAGCGCCGAUGGAGCCGGCGGCGCGGCAGCAGCAGCAGCAGCAGCCGCAGCCUUCACAGCCACAACAGCCACGGGAAGCACGCCAGCCGCGCGAGCGGGAGGAGCUGAAGGCGGGGCAGGCGAAGGAGGAGCAGCCAGAGCAGCCGGCCGUGGUCGCGGCGGCGGCAGCGGCGGCGUUGGAGGAGCCGGCGCGCAGCGUCAACGGUGUCACUGCGGCUGCGGCGCCUCGUGCUGCUGCUGCUGCUGCUGCUGCUGCUGCUGCUGCCGGCCCGCCGUGCCUUCCCGCCGCACCCCAGCCCCCGCACUCCCCUGCUGCUACCCCGGCCCCGGGCGGCAGUAGCACCGCCGCUGCCGGCAGCAGCAGCAGCAGCAGCCGGUGCGGCGGUGCAGUGCUGUGUGGGACCCUGUACGCCCGGCCCCGACCCACGGCCGCCGCCGCCACCCCCACUUCUGCUACUGCUACUGCUACUGCCGUGACUGCCUCCGCAGCGUCAGCAGCUUCAGUUGUAGUGCGCUCGGUGCAGCCGGCGGCGGCGGCGGCGGCGGCGCCGGGUAGCAGCAGCCUGCUGCUGCGGCCGGUGGCAGCAGCAACCCCACGGCCACUCGCACGGCCCCUGCCGCGGCUGCCGACCUACCAAGCCCUGACGCAGUCGCACUUCGUGUCCGUCAAGGUCCGCAGCCACGAGGCGGCCGGCGCCUCCUUCCCCGCCGCCGCCAGCCGCCUGCUCGGCACCUACCACUCCGCGCUGCAGGGUGCAGCCGCGGCAGCGGCUGUAGCAGCAGCAGCCGCAACCGUAGCGCCCGCAGAUACAGCCCCACUGCUGCUGCCAUCAAAUCUAUCGGAGUUGCAGCCGGCGAGGGCGGGGGCCACAGUGCUGACGCACCCAGCGGGCGGCCGGGCGGCGAUAAUCAGCCGCCUCCACAACAACCCCUCGGAGACAGCUUGCAUUUGGGGGCAGGGGAUGGUUGCGGACAGCCACGCUCUUCAGGUCGGCAGUAGCAUCAGUUCCACCGGCAGUAGCAGCGCUGCUGGCGGCGCGAUCAGUGGUACGGUCGCCCGCAGUGUGGUGGUGCCGGGCUGCGUGCACUUGCUGAGUGUCAUCACCACCCUGCGCAGCCACCCGCAGCAGCAGCAGCAGCAGCAGCAGCAGCAGCAGCAGGGAAAGCAGCAGCUACAGCCACCGGCACAGCCGCAGCUACAGCUACAGCCGCUGCCGCCACUGCGCUGCUACCACCUAGAGGUGGAUAGCAUGGAGGACCUGGCGGCGGCGGCGGCGGCGGUGCCACAGCAUGGCAGUAGCAACUGUGGCGGCGCCAGCAGCAGCGGGGCCGCCGAGGACUGCUACAGCCUGCUGUCGGGCCCGCUGGGCUCUGCUGCUGCUACAGCCCUGGGCCUGGGCCCGCAUGGUGCGGGCAACGUGGAGGGUCCGGGGCAGGAGCAUUAUAUUGCGGCGUGCGGCUGUGAUGUGUGCGGCGCCCGCGUUGAUGCCGGACGCAGCGACGGCGACGGCGGCGGCGGCGGCGGUGGGGAUGGUGCUGUCAGGCUUUCAGGCUGGCGCCUCCGCCGCCCCGCCAUUGCCGUGGCGGCUGUCAGCAGCAGUCCAGGCGAGGGUAAGGGCGAGGGCGACUCAUCAGCCGUGGAGUUGGAGCUGGAGCUGGAGCUGGAGGCAGACGCCGAGGGCGGGCGCGAGGGCGAGGGUGGCUGGGGGGUGGAGCCGACGGCCGCGACGGGCGCUAGGGGUGCCGAAGGCACUGCCGUCGGCGGCGGUGGCGGCGGCGGCGGUGUGGGUGGCGGCGCGGAGGGCCGCAUGCGGGUGCGGGUGGUGGCGGUGGGCUGUGGCGGCGAGGUGGCGGCGGAUGAGGUGGUGGUGGUGGCGGCGGCAGCGGGGGUGCCUUUCGCCGCGGCCGCGCCGCGCCGUGGAGGUGCGGGUGCUGCAGAUGACUCCCGUGCAGCGGCCCACACGGCGGCUGCGAGCUGCGUCGUCAGGCUGCGUGUGCCGGCACCCACACGCCCCGGCCUAAUGCACCUGCACCUGCUGCCGCCGCCGCCGCUGCUGGAGCCGACCCGACAUCUGCAGCACCACCGCCACCACCAGCAGCAGCACCAGCAGCAGCACCAGCAGCAGCACCGGCCGCUGGCCACACUGCCGCUGCUGGUGCUCCCCUCCGGCGCCGCCGCGGAGCAGCUGUGUGGCCUGUUCGACAGCAUGGCUUGCGAGCUAGAGGCCGCGGCGGUGGUGGCGGACGAAGAUGAUGGCGACGUGCCAGCUAGUGCUGCUGCUGCUGGCAUCGAUGGUGACGGCAUCAUUGGCGGCGAUGUCUGUGGCGGCGGCAGUAGCUGCCGCGCAGCUGCCUUCCAGGAGCACUGGCUCCCCUUCGCCGUGGACCUGGGCAACUUGCUGUCCAUCUGCUACAGCCUCAUUGCCACCGACCCGCCUGCUACACCCGCCGUAGGUGGUGCUACAGCGGGUGCUGCUGCUCCUGUGGCGGCGCCAGAUGCCGCUGCGGCGGCCGGCAGCGAAACCAGCGGCACCCUGCACCUGCUGUUCCAUCACGGCGGCAGUAGCAGCAACAACUGCAACGACGCAACGGACGGUAGUAGCAGUCAGGCUGUGGACGCGGCAAUGCUGGCAAUGCUACAGCCACUGGCCGAGUCGGUGCUCGGCUUCCUGGACCAGUGCAGUGGCACCGGGCUCCAGGUGGGCGCGGUGGCGGCGGACGUCAGUGGGCUGGUGACGGCGGCGGCGGCGGCGGCUGCGGCGGCGGCGGCGGCUGCGGCGGCGGCCGGCUCGGAGCUCGGCCCUGAUGGAGCCUUGUCCUGCAGCGGCUGGCGCCGAUACAGCCACCGCAAUGGUGGCGGCGACGGCAGUAGCAGCAGCUCUGACGAGCCGCAGGAGCAGCAACCGCCACCAAAGUGGCAGCAGGAUGAUGAACAGCAGCAACUGCAGCAGCAGACGCAGCAGGAGGCGCCACAUACGCCCCCGCUUGACGGCGGCUGCGUGGCGGAUGCAGCGACCGAUGAGCCACCGCCGGAUCAUGGCGGUGACGGCGGCGGCGGCGGCGGCGGGUGCUGCAGUGACUCCGUGUCCUCGCUGAUGCACGAGUCACGGAGCUGCGACGCGCCGGAGCUGGGCGGCACCGGCGGCAGCAGCGCCGGCAGCGGCAGUAGCAGCGGCUCGGGCAGUAGCGGCUCGGGCAGCAGCUGCAAGGCCCGCAGCUGCAGUCUUGGCAGCGGCGGCAGUAGCGCCUUGCCUGCUGCGUCUGACAGCAUGACGCUGCAGCUGCCGCUGCCGGCUGCUGUCCCCUGCCUCGCCACCUCGCUGCCCUCGCCGCCGGUGGCUCUCGCAGCGCCGGUGUCGCCGCCGUCAGGACCGGACUGCGAUGGCGCCCUGCUGCUGCUGCCUAGCUGCGCCAGGAAUGGGCAAGACGCGCGCGCCGGCGCGAAAGGUGGCGCGGGUGGUGGCGCGGGUGCUGGCGCUGCUGCGGGCGCAGGGGUUGCAGAUGAUGAUGACAGCAGCCUUGAGGGAAGCAGCGGCGGCAGCAAUGGCAGCGGCAGCAGCAGCGGUGAUGAUGGAGGUGCGCGCGAGGGCGAUGGUGACGGUGGCGGAGAGGAGGAGGGCGACGCAGCCAACACAGAUUCAAUCGAGGGAGAUGAGGGCGUGCGCCUGCUGCGGCUGCUGCUGCUGCGCCAGGCGGCAGACGACGACGCGGCGCGCCUUGCGGCACUGGCGGCGGCGGCGACGGGCAGGGCUAUAGGAGCUGCUACUGGCUCCCGUCGUGGCCGCGGCGGUGACCGCACUCGCGGCCGCCGCAGCCCCAUGGAUGUUCAGCCGGCGCCGCCGCCGCUUCCGGAGUCGCGGGCUCCUGGCACUGCAGACACUACCAGCAGCGGCGGCCGCCGCCUGCGCGUGCGCGUGCCACCCGCCGCCGCUGCCGCGGCAUUGGCAGGCGGCGCCGCCGCCACCCCUGGCGGUGUUGCCGCCGCCGCUUCGCGGCCGCUGGCGCUCGUGCUGCUCUCUCACACGCGCCUGCCGCCUGUUGGCUCCCUGGAGCGCAGCCUGCUCCUGGCUGUAGCGCUGCUGUGGCUGCUGCACCACAUGGCAGCGGCGGUGGCGGCUGUAGCACUGGUGGCGGCGGGCGCGGCGGUCCUCGCGGCGGCGGUGGCGGCGGCGGUUGUGGGGGCGCGGGCGGCUGUGGGCAUGGCAACUCAGGAAUGGCUACGGCGGCGGGGCGCGAGGGGAGGCAGAGGCGGAGGCGGGGGUGGCGGUGGCGUCGACACACUGCGGGGUCUCGUGUGUACGGCGGCGGCGACUGCGUUGGCGCUGGCGGCAGCGACCGCUCGCGUGUGGGCCUGGGCGGAAUCCGGCGGCUAUGGCUAAGCGACGCAGCCGUAUGUGCACCUUACCUACCAGGAUGCUUCGGCUACACCGCUAGGUGGAGAGACCAGAAUGCUUCGGCUAUUCUGCUGAACACAUGGGACCGCCGCGCAUGUUGAAAGCUACGCCGAUCCAUAAUCAUUUCGCCAUUCAGUAGUCGACGAGCAUUUGUAUUGUAAGACACGCGGUGGCCCGUGAGGCAUGAGCAUCGCUGUCACCCUCACGGAACACUCUUCCAGAAGUUGUUUAUUGCUCGUGGGCCCUGAGGCAGUGCGUUACUGCCUCGUUUGGGGUGACGGUGCGGUAUUGGUAUUUGUACGAGAGCGCGCAGCAGUGGCGCGCACGCGUGCUGCAGCCUGAGGUAUCAGUCGGCCGGCGUGGGGACGACGCAUGGCAUGAAGGAAUGGAGAUAUUGAUUCCGGUUGCUGAUUUCAUGGCGUUGAUCUCGGAGACAGUUGUUUUCAACGCAGAAAGCACUUCUCUGUAGUACCGUAUUGUGUCUGGGCGGCGGGUUGCACAUGGUUUCUGGUUCCCCGUCUACAGUUUUGGUUCUUUAAUGAGAUGCGUGAGGCGAAUCGACCAAGUCUGGUUCUAAUGCCCAGAAUGUUACACCCAGGUCUAUCAGUGUUAUAUGAAUGGUAUGAUGGAUCCGUGGUUGCCGUGUUCGGUGAAGUGUGUGCGGCUGGCGGCUAUGUUACGCUUGCGUGGCAUGGGCCCCGCGCAUGGGCCCCGUGCCGGCAGGGUUGCUGCCGCCUCGUGUGAAGGAAGAGAUGCGCCGAAGAGUUGCUGUGCAGAAGACACGUAGUGGGAUUGCGCCAGAUUACAGCAGGACGGCAUGAGAGCGACAGGCGCUGAAGGACGCGGAGCAACGCGGGGGGAAAGCGCGGAGGCAGGGUUGAGGUGGGGAGCGCAGCUAUGCAGCGCUGGGUAUGGAUGGGUGCAGGUCAACGGUAACGGUGAGGCAGGUGGCGAUGGUGGGUGGGGGUGUUGAGGGCUGGAGGGAGGCAGGGCGAAGGCCACGUUGCACAAUUGUUGGGGAGCAGCUGUGGAAGCGUUGGAGGGCGGAGGCGGGAUGAGGCCCGCACACAAGGCUGCCAGGGAGUAGUGCGGAGGCUGGAGCCCGGCGGCGAAUGAGGUGUUGUUGGGGGGUUAACUCUGAACCA